UAGUAUCAAUGUGAAACAAAAAUUCGAUUCAGUCGAUGGUCAAGUGAGACCCGGAUGAUUUAUAAACUGUGCUCUGUGAAAGUUCUUCUCACACGGUGAGAAAAUUCUCAGGAAGAAUUUCUCACACAGUAAAAAAAAUUUGGCGCUGUGAAUCACCAAUACUGAGCGUUCCCUAUACGCCAUGCCGUCGUUGAAGCUAUUUGGCGUGACAUUCGAUCGAUCAAAUGCCACAUAUAUGCCCGGUGAAACUGUCAGUGGAAAAAUUAUCCUAGACACAAUAAAAGAGAAGCAGGUUAGAGGACUAUAUGUUAGUACGAAGGGGAUAUCAUAUGUCCGUUGGACUGAAAAUGAUUCAUCAGAUGAUUCAAAGAUGCGAACCUAUAGCAAUUCGGAGGAAUACUACCAUUUCAAGUACAACAUAUUUAGUACACAGGAUUUCGAUUCGCGACACAAACUUCCCCGUGGAUAUAACCAGUAUCCAUUUAGCUUCCAAUUGCCCAAUAAUAUACCAUGCAGCUUCGAGCACACGAAUGGAUACAUAAGAUACACGGUAAAAGCCGUGAUCGAUAGACCAUGGAAGUUCGAUCAUGAGUGUAAAGCAGCGUUCACCGUAAUUUCGAAUUUAGACUUGAACCUUCAUCGUGAAAAAUGCUUUGGAGUCAAUGAUGGAAUGAGAAAAAGUUUCAGCCGCUUGUGCUGGUGCGGGAAAGGCUCGAUGGAUUUGCAGAUCACAGUGCCUUCCUCUGGAUACGUACCAGGGCAGACAAUAAGUACAACGCUGAAUUACGCAAAUUACUCGAAUGAACUGAUUACGAAAGUUAGCGCGACAUUAUUACGAAGACUCGAAUUUUACGCGACAUCUAAGUCAUUGAGUAAUGUCAAAGUAAUAAAAAAAGCGAGUCAUUUUGGACCAUUUCCGAAAAAUGGGCACAUAACGUCGGAGAUUUUGGUACCACCCAUGGCACCCUCUUAUCUUCAAUAUUGUAAAAUAAUAAACUUAAAUUACGAGUUGGUCGUCUCUGUUCACAUUUCGACACCGUGUUCUAAAAUUAAGAGAACUUAUCCUCUUCUGAUCGGAACGAUACCAUUAUAUUAUCCGUCUUUUCCACCUCCGUACAACGUCGUACCCCACUCCUCAAACUCAAAUGUGACAAAGACUGCGAUAAUGCCAGUUCCAAUGCCGAGGCCAGAACAAGCAAGUGCAUCAAAUAUUCCGACAGCUCCAACACUAGAUCUAGCUAACAGUUCUUCGUUUAACCUGGAUAUACCACCACCAUCCUACGAAGAAUGUAUGUCUGGAACUCAAAACAUUAGAGAUCACAAUGAGUCGGAUUUCGUGUUCGGUGCGAAUACUUUCUUUGCGCCUAGAUAUCCUGUGUUUAACUAUCCAGCACCAAGUAUAUCCGCAUGAAUGGAAGAUUAUAGCGAGUGGGAGUUGAUUAUUUGCGUGCCUAAGUCGUUCGAGACAAAAUAAAAUUCACCAGCAGGUGAAAAGUUACGUUGAAGAUUCUCUAUAUGUUUUGAUACAAGUUAUUAACCGAUUUUUACUAUUUUAUAUGUUCGAUUGUAUACACAUUUGCACUAUGUUUACAAGCAUAUGAAUAUACUUUUCGUGCCAUCGAUUUUCUUUCAUGACUGAACCAGCUUGUUUUAUUAAAAGCGACUAGAUCGAA